GUCAUUAUGGAUCACAACCUUCGUCACGAAACCAGUACUUGGCGAGUCGAGAUAGAGCAUAUUCUAAUCGUCACGAGAAUGAGAGACAUGGUCCUAGAUCAGCUAGCAUGUCAAAUACUCGUGAUGUUUAUGCAGAUAGGAACGGUGAGAUGGGGAGAGAUUAUAAGAGUUCUUCUGACCGUGUUCUGAGGAGGCGCAACGACAAGAGUAAUGCUGCUCGUCGCUAUGAUUCCCGGCAAGAUUUCGGUCCUUAUGAUCGUAGGUCCACCAGGGAAUGGCGUGAGAAACCAGUCACUAAGGCUGGUAAUUUGGAACGAGAGGGUGAGAACCUGAACAAGUUCCAUGGUAAAGCGAGAGAGAUGACUGCUCCAGCAUUACCGUCUGCGACUAGCAGUGAGCUUGGAAUUGCUCAGACUCACGUGGAAGUUAACGGUGGCGAGAGUGGAUCGGGAGCUCAGUGUAAGAAGAUGGCUAGCAUCAUCGUCUCUCCACCUCUACGGACAGCAACUAUGGAGGAUAACGUCACAAUUCGAAGUAGAAGCGCAACAAGAUCAUUGUCUUUUGUGGAGGCCGAAGCAGUAGAGGAAGGAGAGCAAGUCAUUGAUGCUUUAACUGAUAUGGAGAUAAAUGAUACUGAUGAGAAAAUGAUCAAUGAGGAGUAUGAUGAUGCUGAUGAUGAUCUUUUGGGGGAGGAGUUUAUGGAGGCAAGCGAAGAGAAGAGGGUUGGAGCUGAGGUGGUUUUGAGAAAUAAAGGAGAUACCAAGAAACGAUCAGGUCGUUUGAUUACUUCAUCAAGUACUCACGGGUCGAAGCCGGGCUGGGAGUGCGCGACAUGGUUCUAG